AUGGGAAAAGGAGAAGUCUCAAACCUUAAGAAUCAUAGAAGAAAUUCUAAGUUCAACCAAAAGAAAGUCGUCAAGAAGAAUAUUUCUAAGAAAGAUUCUGACAGAUAGAACAGAAUGAAAAAGGCAUAGAAAAUGGAGAAAAUUAAAGAACGCAAGUCAAUGAGAGAGAAGGAACUUUAGCUCAAGAAAGCAGAAAAAUUAGCAUCUAAGGGAAAACUAUUAAAGAAGAAUGAUAAGAAGGAUGAUGAUGACUGGGAAGAUGUAGAUGAACAUGAGAAGGAUGUUUUCGACAAGGAUGGAUAUUUCAAUGUGCCAGAUGAGCAAUAGCAGAUUUCUAAGAAUGAUGAGAAGCUUCUCUCGGUAUUAAAUCAGAAGAAAGCUGGAGCGAAAAAGGCUCAAUAAGAGGAAAGCAUCAACUUAGCUGAUUUGAUUAUGCAGAAACUCUAGGCUGGCCAAUUCCAAGAUGGAAACAAGAUGGAAGAAUCUAAGAAACCAAUGAGAUACGAGGACCUAGAAGAGGGAGUCGCAUCUACUCUAGAUCCUAAGCUUGUUGCUGCUUAUAAGUCUCUAGGAACCAUUCUCAAGUCCUAUAAAUCAGGAAAACUACCUAAAUUGUUUAAAGUUAUUCCACAGGUAGCUAAUUGGGAAGAACUACUGUUCUUAACAAAACCUGAGCAAUGGUCAGCUGUCUCAACUAAAGAAGCAACUAAGAUCUUUUGCAGUAAUUUGAAUUCAAAGAUGACUCAGAGAUUCUAUAACUUAGUAUUAUUAUCAAAUGUAAGAGAAAACAUUAUGACCUACAAAAAGCUGAACUACCAUUUGUAUAUGGCACUGAAGAAAGCGCUAUUCAAGCCAGCUGCCUUCUUCAAGGGUCUAUUACUACCUAUGGCAGAGGAUGCUACUAGCAGAGAAGCAGUAAUUAUAGGAAGUAUUCUUGCUAAAGUCAGUAUUCCAAGUGUACACUCUAGUGCUGCUCUCAUUAAACUGACUGAAAUGGAAUACAAUAUUGGAACUGGGUAUUUUAUCAAGGUACUAAUUGGCAAAAGAUAUGCUCUUCCAGCCACUGCAUUAGAUAUGAUAGUUGACUUCUUCUGUAAAUUUGGACUCCCUGAUGAAGAUAAUGAAGACGAGACAAAAAGAGAUAAGAUUCCAGAAAUGCCAGUAAUGUGGCAUCAAACCCUCAUGACUUUUGUCUCAGCCUAUAAACACAGCUUAAAUGAGUCUCAAAGAGCUAAGAUCAAAGCACUCCUAAAGAUUCAAAUUCAUUAUCUAAUCACCCCAGAGAUUAGAAAAGAACUCUUCACUACUAAUGUGAGUGGGAAAUAGGAUGAUGAUAUGGAUAUGGAAUGA